GGAAUCGGCGCGUAUGCGAGACUUGUCUCAGUCCGCAACCGACUAUUUUUACGUCAAUCGCUCGCUGUGGAUGCACGUUCGCGAUGGGCGGAACGAUGGACGACGUGGGUGGGGCAAACGCCCUGUCGCUCUCCCCCGUCCGCUUCGACGCUUGGCUCUCCACUCGUCGGAGGGGCGUGGCACCUAUGGAGGGGCGGAACAAGCCACGCCCCGCUCAUCAAUCGAUGCUGACUCUCCUCCCAUGAAUCCACUAAAAUAAUCUUAAUCACGUUGGAAGCUGGCGAGAAAGUAGCCGUGGACAUCAUCAGCCGUCAAGAUGCUUCGAUGCAAAAAGGAGCAGUUGGAUGUAUUGAGCGUGGAGGAAGCAUCUUUGAAGGAGCGGCCUGUAUGGAACGAUACACUGCGAGGAAUUCUGGUGGCUCUCGUCAAGGAUCGGCGUGCACUUUGGGAUGCACGUUUCCGUACGAGCAAGGAAAAAACCAUGUACUACUUCCGUGAAAUCGCUAGCAUUCUUUCAAAUCAGGACGAGCGAAUGAACGAAUGGUCUGUUCUUGACAAGUGGUGUUGGAUGGUAGAGAUGUACAUGCGAACUGUUGAGCGUCCAUCGUUCGACUGGCGAUUCAAAGGAGCUAUGGCAUUUCAUAAUGAAUUUGCUGCCAAUGGUGUGCAAUACAUAGGAUCGCUUACCCCCGAGGUACUCGUGGAAAUGACGGCCGUUUACGGCGAAACGGAAGCGGAAUCUCAGGAGAUCAAGAUUGAGUUGGAUAAGAAAGUCAGGAAAGGUUGCGCAACAUUUAUCGCCGAGAUGCUAGUUUACCACAAGUGCAAACCGCCGUCAACAUCUACAGAUGAGAUUCGCCCAAGAAAAAGAGGACGUCCUCGAGGUUCAACAUCAUCCACGUUAGCACAAGCGCUUUCGGGAUUGAUAAAUGCGAGAAACAAGAAGACAGCUACCAGCACAAACCAUGACGCCGCGUCUAACACCUCACUUUCUCCUGCUUUGUUCACCGGGCAGAAGUCGAACGGGACUGCUGAUGAGAUCACAGGGCUGCAAUGGUCACCAGAGAUGGUCAACAAACUUAUUGAAUAUAUAAAGGAGAUUCCGGUGUUAUGGCAUCCCGAUCAUCCACAAUACUGCAAUCCGAUCGUUCAGAAGCAUUUCUUCUUGGAAGUGGCAAAGAAAAUGAAUGAUGUUCUUGGAGGUGCUUCUAUCAUUGCGGAGCAAGUAUGCGAGAAGUGGGUCUCUCUACGAAACAGCUUCGAUAUCUUGACCGCCAGAACAAAACAGGGUGAAAGCUGUGAUUGGGAGUUUUACAAAAGAUUGCUCUUCCUUUCACCCGAGGUUAUGCGUGCAUGCCGGUUUGAUGGCAUGCCACAAGAAAACGGCACUGCGUCGACAAGUUCUGUCGGUGUUCCUCUUGACGUCCAGACCGAAAUCUAUAAAAUGCUUGGAUAUCUGCCUGCUCCAGUCACAGAGAAGAGCGCGGAAGGCACUCCAAGCAAGAGGCCGAGACUUGCUAAUUUUGAUUCGUCGGGCUCUCUCAAAACUCAUGUACAAGUAGAAUCUACACCUCAGAUUCAACAGGUCGUUUCUACAUGGGUUCCCCCUCGAGAAGAUUCAUGCGAAACUGCGCCACAAUCAGUCCCUUCAACCCCUCCCACCGCAACGGCUCAAGUCAUGGUGAAAAGUGAGCUUGACCACAUUUUGCAAAAUUCGCUACCGCGAAUGGGAUUCGGCAAUGCAGACACCACGUUCGGCGACAUGCUUCACGGACCUCGCCCUUAUGAAGAUAAAUGGACUCUUAUGGGUCGUAUGAUAGAAGAGCUUGCUCGUGAAUUGGAAGCGAAACAUUCUGAGUUAGCGUAUCGUCUUCAGAAAGAUAUCAACGACGUUAUUUUUAAGUACCAACUUGAGAGUUUGAAGCAUAAAUAGUCAGCUGUAAGUCAUUAACGGGUAACUUCGCCUUGUUCCUCUGUUUGAUCUCAGGUGCUUGCUAGACUGUCAUCUUGAUUGAUAAUCCUCAAAUCAUUUUACUAGUUGUU